AUGAUGAAUUUUUCUAAAUUAAGUAAUGGUCAACGACGCUUUGUAGAAGAUCAUUUAUAUGGAUAUACUGAUACACGACAUCAAUGUGUUCGUGCAUGGUUUAUUGAUAUUGAAAAGGUGGCUAAAGUGAUUCAUCUUGUUGAUGAUUCCGUAUUAUUACAAUAUGCGAUUCGGAAUUUGCUUGAUGAGUCUAAGCGAUGGUAUAUACAAAAUCAAAGUCAAUUAAAUACGUGGUCGGAUUUUAAACGAGAAAUGAUAUUACGCUUUGAUAAAGGUUCAAAUACGUAUGAUAUAAAUGAUUUUUCACAAUCGAAAACGAUGAUGAAACUACGUCGACGCAACAUUGUAUGGCAUGCACAACAUAUUGCAUACUAUCGCUUAUAUCACAGUACUACUUUAUCUUCUAAAAAUCAUACCGAGGAUUUCUCAUUGCCUUCCACUUUACUUUUUGAACUAGAACUAUCUCAAAAUUUGUGGUCUGACUGUACGGAAUCGUGGCAUAUUCACGAGAUUAAACCUCAACGUGAAUCAUUUGCUCGAACACAAUUUGUAAUGAUGCUUGUUCCACCAUCACAUAGAGAUCAUUCUAUAGAACAUAAUACUAAACAACAAUUAACAUUCGACGUUGGUAAUCUUUCUGACACAUCGACAUAUUCAUCCAUUCUCGAAAGUCCAACGUCACUACAUUCAAUUCGGCUAGAUGCGUCAGAGCGGCACGUUUAUGAAGCACUAUCACAGAAUCAGUCAUUCGCACAUACAUCGUUAUCAGAAAAGGUGAAUAACGUGCCGGCAAUUACUCAUUUUCCAGAACAUCAACCAUCACAAUGUAUUUUCAAGUCAAAACUGCACAAUAAUCGAUCUGGUUUAAUAAUGAAAACUAAAAAAUCUCGUUAUCCACAUUUUUUAUAG